AUGUCCACUCUUCGGCAUGCUUUUAAUGCCAAAUCAUUCAAUGCAUUGUCAUAUAAAAUUUUAAGCGGAAAGGUUCCAGAUAUGCCUACUCAGUACAGUCCAGAACUUCUUGAACUGAUGCGUGCAAUGUUACACUUAAAACCAGAGAAACGUCCAUCGGCAAGACGUGUUCUAUCUAAUUCAUUCAUAAGAAAACAUAUUGUUUUAUUUCUGGAAGCCACUAAAGAUCGCGUAACUAAUUCUCGAAAUCAUUCAACAACCAUUGAAGAUGACGUACAAAUUACCAGUCAACAUACAGAAUGUCAAACCAAUGUCCAUUUAUUGGUUAAUCAAUCAGUCAAUGAAAUUAAAAUGGUUAAUGAGAAAAGAACAAAUCAAAUGGAACAGCAACCAAUUAUUGAUAGAUCAAAAGAACAAAAUGGCGUCAACAAUGCCCAAUCAAUAUUAAAACAAACUCUGUCUAUUGAUCAAAACGAUAAAUUGAUUAAAAAUUUACCAACCGAUGUUUCAAAAAUUGAUUUUCCAAUCAACAAUAUAUCGAAGCCAUGCAAUCAACUUAAUGAAGCUGCAUUAAAUCUAUGUGGACAGCAUGAAAAACAACCACAUCCAAAUAUUGUUCAUUAUGACAAUGCAAUUGAAGAUCAUUCACUAUCAUUAACUCGACAUUUAUCUGUUGCACGAUUACGUCGGCGUCAACGACGUCGAAUGUCUGAAACUGAAGGAGGUGAACCAAAUCCUCAUCAUCAAAUUGUCAAAUCUAUCACAUCCAAUGAUAAUAAUAGUAAUACAAAUGUAAAAUCACGAAAUAAAAUCUCGAAAUAUCGUUCUCAUUCAUUCUCUAUAUUACCAGUAUCAAUGUUACCAAAAUUACAUAAACAAAUUCAGCGGGUAGAAGAUACGAAUGCGGAUUCAAACAACAACAAUAAUAGUAAUCAUAAUAUUGAACAAUCAUAUCCACAUCAAAUAAAUUGUAUGCUGAAUUCAAAACCGAUUACACUAAUUUGCCCAUCAUUUGAUGUGAAUCAAGCUAAAAAGAAUCGUCUUGAAUUUAAAUCCAAUUCUAUACCACAAACUAAUCCAAUAAAUUCAGAUGAAAUUCAAAAUUCAAAUCUUAUGCAUAAUAUUACAUCAAUUGAUCAAUCCAAUGAUAUUUUUAAAACAAAAAAUCUCUAUAAUAAUGCACAAAUGAAUUCCGUUGAACAAGAAAACAUUGAAAAUGAUGUUAACAACGGGUUAGUACAUCAAAAUGAGGAUAAAGAAAUUGAUGCUGUUGUCAAUUGUUUAACAGAUACUUUAAAAGAUGGUUUUCAUCCUGGUGCACCAGUAAUCAUUCCACGUUGUAAAAAUGUUAACAAAGCGCCAAUGGAAUUCAGUCAGUCAACAAAUUAUUACAUGAGUAAAGAUAGAAAAUUUCCCUUCAAAUCGAAUUUUGAAGAUAAUGGACCAAUUGAACCUAAAGAAGAAACGAUCAAUCGUUCUGUACAUUUGAAACAACGUUUUAUAGAAUUACAAAGGGAAUGUAUAGAGAAUGUUGGUUUGAAAAAAUUACAUGAAGCUUAUGAAAUACUUGAUCAAGAUUUAUCAUCGGAAUCACAAGAGAUAUUAUUGAAACAAAUACUUGGUGUAGAUAUUUACUCAAAAUAUAUGAGUAAAAUUUGGCAGCUCAAACUACUUGAACAAAAUACAUUUGAAAAAGAAUAGAGAGAGAGAGAGGAGUAGUCAAGUCAUUCUAAAAUAAUCAUGAAUUUUAUUUUUAGACCCAGUGAUUCUAUA